CUACCCAACUCCGCUGCCGUCGAUUAAAAAGAUCAACGGACACGAUUCAACUACCAUCCCACCCAAUCAUCACUCCCCGUACCAUAAUAAAUAACUAUUAAUAAUUAUUGUUCGGCGGAGUAAAUAAUAAAGGAAACCAAAACGCGAAAAAAACUGGAGGAAAAGCAAGAGUGUUUUUUCAAGGCCCGAUUAAAAAGAGAAGGCAAAAAAAAGUAGAAAAUGUCAAUUAAAAAAAAGAAAUAAAAGUCGAGAGCUUCACAUCAGACAGCAAAUAAGCUUUUGUUACUCUGUGACAAAUGGAGGGUCCUUAGUCCUCUUUUCCCCCAAUUUUUCCUCUAUCUCUACUCUCUCUCUCUGCCUUCCCUAUCCGAGUCUCCUUCUGUCUCUCUCUCCGGUCUCUUCUCCGGGGAACAACUCUUUGGUAAUCGAUAUUCCGAUCAACGAUUCCGGUUAAUCUGAAGGUAAUAUACGCUUUGCUAUUUUAAGUUUUGCAGCUAGCUUCGCGGAAGAUUCCGCUUCCGGUAGCUUUUCCCUUUUCUGUUCUUUCGGAUUCCGAUUUUGCGUUUCGCUAGUUGGAUGGUGUGCUGUGUUUCCUAGCUCUCUUUCUGUUCGUUUCCCUGGAAAGUAGAGGAAAAUACGAGAGGCGAGUUGUAGUUUUUCUGUAAUGUGGUGGUGUUGGUUUCAGUAAACAGUAUAGAAGGACGAAAUUUCUCUAGCGGAUUAAGAGAGAGAGUGAAGUUGAUUUUCCUUGUUUUUUUUUGUUCUCAAAACCAGCGUUUGUUCAUGCUUGCACGAAAAUUUUCCUGCAUUUUCUGGCCUGCCAAACAGAGCAUGCAUCAUAUUAUUUGGUUCGGCGCUUUAUUAUUUCAUUUUCUAUUAACUCUGCGUUUUCUUUUUUCAAUUGGGGGAAACAUUUGCUGGUGCCUCUGUCUGCGUUCUUUCUAGGAUUUGGCAGACAGUUACAAUUAUCGACUGCAAUUACUUCUCGACGUUGAAUGCUUCCUACUCCUCUCUCGCGCAUAUAAUUUUUCUCGCUAUAAAUGCAAUUGUCCUUCCUUUGUUUGUUUGUCUUUUUCUUUGUUUCUGGGUCGAUAUUCUUUCUUUGAUUUUAGGUCCGGGUAUUAGUUAUUAACCUGAAAAUUUAGUUCUUAGAUCUAUCAUCUCCUUUGCCUAUUUCCACAAUUGAUUUAGUAUGAAACCACUGUGGUGGAAGAAACGCCAUCGUUGCUUGAAUUUAACAUUCAGCUGGUCUAUUGCAGGUAAUUAACUGGGAGGAAAUUCCGAGCUUUCUUAAUUGGUAAAUUCUGAUGACUCCGCCACUGCUUGGUGGUGUAGAGGAGGUUGCCAGCAGUGCUUCCUUGCUGGCUUCUUCAACCUCCGUAGAGAGCGUAUGUGAAAACGGGUCUGCUGAGCUCAAGGAGCGCAACUACAUGGGGUUGUCUGAUUCUUCUUCAUCUGGGGAUAGCUCGGCAAUCUCUGCCGUCACUGGUGAGAGCAAGACUAGUCUGAAUCUUAAGGCGACCGAGCUUCGGCUUGGAUUACCAGGAUCUCAAUCUCCUGAAAGGAAUUCCGAUCUUUGCUUAUUUGCCUCUACUCAACUUGACGAGAAGCCCCUCUUCCCCUUGCAUCCGGUGAACGAUAAUCAUGGAUCUUCCAUGCCCAAGAAUUUGCUUUUGGGGAAUAAAAGAGGGUUCUCUGAUGCAAUGGAUGGCUUCUCAGAGGAUAAAUUUACUUCUGAAUCGGAGGUAAAUGCUAUGCUGUCCCCGAGGUCAUCUCAGAACUUGGGACUGAAACCGGGUUCAAUUCUGGAGAACCUGUCUUCUCAACCAGUCAAGGCAAAAGAAUUAGUAGGGCAAAAGCCUGCACAGGAGAGGCCCCUUGUCUCAAGCGACCCUAGAUCAAACAACAGGAGCUCAGCAAACAAUAGCACUGUGCCUGCUACCAAGGCACAAGUUGUGGGUUGGCCACCCAUCAGGUCGUUUAGGAAGAAUUCACUUGCUACCUUGUCUAAGAAUACGGAAGAAGUAGAUGGAAAGGCGGGUGCUAGUGCCCUGUAUGUCAAAAUCAGCAUGGACGGGGCCCCAUAUCUAAGGAAAGUUGACCUGAGGAACUACUCUGCAUAUAAGGAACUCUCUUUGGCUCUCGAGAAGAUGUUCAGCUGUUUUACUAUAGGUCAAUGUGGAUCCCAUGGAACUUCAGGAAGGGAGAUGCUGACUGAAAGCAAGUUGAAGGAUCUUCUCCAUGGUUCAGAAUAUGUUCUCACCUACGAGGAUAAAGAUGGAGACUGGAUGCUUGUUGGUGAUGUUCCGUGGGAGAUGUUUAUUGAGACCUGCAAGAGGAUGAGGAUCAUGAAGGGUUCUGACGCCAUUGGCUUAGCCCCGCGGGCAGUAGAGAAGUCGAGGAACAAGAACUAGCCAGUGAAAGUGGGGUAGGCAUGAAGAAGAAGAGGGUGUUGCGAUUGGAUGGAUGGUCAUGCGGGUAAUGCCCUUUUUUCUAAAGCUUCCUGUUAGUAGUGGGUUUAUUCGUUUUAACUCGGUGUUGAUUGUUAAGUUAAUGAGAGGAAAAAAUGGAGAAAGAAGUGGGUGUUUGUCUGUUGUAGUCGGUGUUCUUCUGUGCUGUGCUGUUAAUUAAGAAGCCUUGCUUAAAAUUUGUAAUUUGUGAGGGAGCAAUUCUAUUAUAUGGAGUGUGUUUUCUAAAGAAAAAAGAAAAAAAAGAGUAGUAGUUUGCUGAAUGAAGGGAUGAAGUAAAUGUGCUGGUUGCAACUUGCAAUGCCUAGGAUCCCUUACUGACUUCUGUGUGUUGGGUUUGCUUAAAAUGGACUUUGGAAACCCCAACCCGCCGGAUGCGUGGUGGGUCUUGCUUUGCUUUGCUUGUAAGAAGAGAUGAUUAUUAUUAUUACGUACUUAAUGAAUGCUGCCAAUUGCG